GUGUGCAGGAGAACGUGCCGGGGGAUACUAAACCGGCUCAAUGCUAAAGUUUACCGAUCCAUCGGAGAAGAAGACAGAGAGGGAGAGAGAUAGAGAUUGAAGAUCAAUGACUUCGAGGUACUGGGUUGUAUCUCUUCCAGUGAAGGACUCUGCUUCUUCGUUAUGGAAUCGAUUACAGGAGCAGAUCUCCAAGCAUUCCUUUGAUACUCCAGUUUAUCGGUUUAACAUUCCUAAUCUUCGUGUUGGAACCUUAGAUUCUCUACUCGGCCUUGGUGAUGAUCUGCUUAAGUCGAACACCUUUGUGGAAGGAGUUUCACAAAAGAUCAGGAGACAGAUCGAAGAAUUGGAGAGGACUUCUGGUGUGGAGAGCAACGCUCUUACAGUUGAUGGAGUUCCUGUUGAUUCUUAUCUCACCAGGUUUGUGUGGGAUGAAGCUAAGUACCCAACAAUGUCACCCCUAAAGGAGGUUGUGGACAAUAUUCAGUCUCAGGUUGCAAAGAUUGAGGAUGAUCUCAAGGUUCGUGUUGCUGAAUAUAAUAAUAUCCGCGGUCAACUCAAUGCCAUUAACCGAAAGCAAAGUGGAAGCUUAGCUGUUCGUGACCUCUCAGACUUGGUUAAGCCAGAAGAUAUUGUCGCAUCAGAACAUCUUGUGACUCUCCUCGCAGUUGUUCCCAAGUAUUCCCAAAAAGAAUGGAAAGAAAAUUAUGAGACAUUUACCGAAUAUGUGGUUCCUAGGUCCUCAAAGCAUUUGUUUGAGGAUAAUGAGUAUGCUCUUUACACCGUUGUUCUCUUUACGCGUGUCGCAGAUAAUUUCAGGACUACUGCUCGUGAGAAAGGAUUCCAAGUCCGUGAUUUUGAACAUAGCGUUGAAGCACAAGAGACUCGUAAACAAGAGCUAGAAAAAUUGGGUCAGGAUCAAGAAAGUUUGAGAAGCUCUCUUUUGCAGUGGUGCUACACCAGUUAUGGAGAGGUUUUCAGCUCCUGGAUGCAUUUCUGUGCUGUGCGUAUAUUUGCUGAGAGUAUUAUGAGAUAUGGUUUACCUCCGGCAUUCUUGGCAUGUGUCUUAUCUCCGGCUGUGAAAAGUGAAAAGAAAGUACGCUCCAUUCUUGAACGCAUGUGUGAUUCGACCAACAGUUUAUACUGGAAAAGCGAGGAGGAUGGAGCAGCCAUGGCUGGUUUAGCCGGUGACUCAGAGACACAUCCUUAUGUCUCCUUCACUAUCAACCUUGCUUAAACUUGAUGAGAGAUGCUUUUGAUGCCUUUCCUCGUCUCUGUCAUCAUCUGUUAAUUUGUUUGUGUUCUAUAGAUUUUACAUUUAUUUUUCGUAAUAUAUUUUGAGUUUCAAAAUAAGGUGGCACUCGAGAGAAGAUGUUGCUGUAAUUUUAUUUGGCCGGAGUCCUUUAGAUUCCGGCGAGUUUCAGACACAUGUGGAAGACAAACGGCUAUACGCCUUCUUGUCAUUUUGUGAACUGGUUGAUUUAUUUAUAUCACUCUGUUCCGUAUUUGUCUC